AGUUCAGUACUGUUGACGCCAUCUCGAAAUUCUCGACCCACCUAGCAAAUGUGAAGUGCGUUGAAGAACGAAGAUUCCAACAGACGAAAUGGAUGACACCCACAUCGGCCCGAACGCCAUCGCCGCCGAAUCAAUCCGCUGCAUCGUCAAACUCGGAGGGGCAGCAAUUACUUGCAAGAAUGAGCUUGAGAUGAUAAAUGAAGACAAUCUUCAAACAGUUUCCUCGCAGCUAAGGCAAGCAAUGAUUAUGGGUUCUUGUUCCAACAAAGUCGUUGGGAUGGAUUGGAGCAAGAGACCCGGUGUUUCAGAUAUUUCUUGUACUGUAGGUGAUUUUGGAGAUCAGGCUCAGCUUAAUGUGGAUUUUUCCGAAUUCAUCGUUGUUCACGGAGCAGGUUCUUUUGGGCAUUUUCAGGCUAGCAAAUCUGGGGUUCAUAAAGGAGGAUUGAACCAACCUCUAGUCAAGGCUGGAUUUGUUGCUACUCGCAUCUCUGUUACAAAUCUUAAUCUUGAAAUUGUUAGAGCACUUGCCAGGGAGGGUAUUCCUUCUAUUGGAAUGUCUCCAUUUUCAUCUGGAUGGUCAACCUCAAAUAGAAAUGUAGCUUCUGCUGAUUUGGCAGGGGUAGCCAAGGCGCUGCACUCUGGUUUUAUACCUGUUCUACAUGGAGAUGCUGUGCUUGACAACAAACUGGGAUGCACCAUAUUGAGUGGAGAUGUUAUCAUACGUCAUCUUGCAGAGCACCUGAAGCCUGAAUACGUUGUCUUUCUUACAGAUGUUUAUGGUGUAUAUGACUGUCCGCCAACAGAACCCAAUGCAGUGCUUCUGAGAGAAAUUGCCGUGGAUGAAGAUGGGAGCUGGUCUGUUGUAAAUCCUGAAGUUGAGAACAGAAAUAAGCAAGAAUACCAUUCCAAUCUCAAAUCCAUUGUCACGCUGUCCAAGGGUCUUUUUUUUUUGAGGCAUCACCAGCAUCAAGUGGAAAUAACCGUAGCAGCGCAUGAUACAACCGGAGGAAUGGAGACGAAAAUAACAGAAGCAGCAAUGAUAGCGAAACUUGGAAUUGAUGUCUAUAUAGUGAAGGCAGCUACAAGCCACUCAUUGAGGGCACUAUCCGGCGAGCUGAGACACAGUAUACCAGCGGACUGGCUGGGGACAGUUAUCCGAUUCUCAAGACGGGAUGGCUAGUCAUACUCUUAACAACACAAGAACUAUCUGAUUUGUGCACAUUGACCUGAGUGAUCUCCUUUUUCUUCAUGUCAGAUUUGGCUUUUUAAUCAGGGCAAAAACAAAUCCUGUUGUUCCAAAGUCUUGUAUGAGAGUCAUUCCAUAAAAUAUGACAUCUGUAAAUGAAACUACAUAUCAAUCUUGCACCAAAAUCGUUCCUAUUCGUGGUGUAUCGCAGCUGCGCUGUAACGAAGGGAAUAU